AUGUCGUUCGUGUGGGGCGUUCCUUGUGGUGACUGCAGUCCGCAGCUAGAGCCUCGCCCCUCCCUCAUCGCUAACCAGCUCAGCGCUCAACGUGAGCAGCAGUCAAGGUAGGAUGGUCAAACAAAUGGGUGCUAAAUAAAGGACUUCAAACUAUUUUUUGGAAGGAUUACAAACUUCGGAAAUUGACAGGUAGUUGGAUUACCUCGGCAUGAGGAUAACAUCAGACAGUGUUUGAUUAAAUCGUUGAUGUUUAGCUAAACUAGCUAGCUGGCUAAUGUCCUGCAAGCCACACAGCUAAAGGAAAACAACAUGAUAAGCCUGGGUAGCGGUUCUAGAUGAUUUAACGUAAACUAGCUAAAUUACUUGGCUGAUACGGUAAAUUGUUAGUUAUGCUUAGCCACAAAUACUUAAACCAGAAACGUUUCACCAUUGUAUUAACUAACUAGCUGGUUACCUAAGUUUAGUAGCUAAGUAGCCAACUAACACGAUACAAACAACAGGCACUGGCCAGUUGGCUAACGAAUUAGUAUCUAGCUAGCUACUGUAGCUAGUUACCCUUUCUUGUAAGAAAUGCUUGCUAGCUAGUUCCUAUUUAGAUUGGAAAUGUAACACAUACUGUAACUAGCUAACGUUUAGACUGUUUUUGAUAUUUAUAGCUAGCUAGUUUUCUAGCUGGCAUACUUUUUUUGUAUAGUUAACGGUUAACAUUAAUGGAGUAGCUAGUUCAUUAUCAGUUAUGCAUGCAACACAAUGCACAACUCUAGAUUUCAUACUCAUAUUGUUUGAUUUCUUCUGCUCGCUCUAACGCUUAAACGACUUAAGCUAUAAACACGAAACCAACUUCCAAAUGUCCAGACUGCCCCAAUUUAGAUAGCUUGAGAAAAUGUUUUGGAUAUUAAUGCUUUUGUAUACAUUUCAGUGGCAAUGAAGUGCCAUAGAUUUGUAUGGGCAAAAUUGGGAAAUUUGGGCGUGUAUCGCCUCUUACGCAAUCAACGCCAACCAACGUUGAGAUGUUCAGACUGACCCAACAUAGAUUGCUUGUGUUUAUACUUUUUGAACUAUAACUAUUUUAAAUGUUAAUAAAAGCUCUGUAGUCUUGAAUGGGAAGUAUUUGGAUUUGCCACUGCUCUUACACGGUUUAAGUUAUCAACGCCAAACUAACGUUGAGAUGUUCAGACUGACCCAAUUUAGAUAGCUUGCAUUCAGAUUUUCUUAAUGAUAUUUAUAUAUUUAUAUUUAUAAAUAUAACCAUUUAAAAUGUGCAUAAAUUAACAUGGGUUUGAAUUAGACUGUAUUACAGUGGUAGCUAAUUAAAAUGGUCCUACUCCUUGGCCAAUUAAGCUAUAAGACCAACUUUAAAACGUUCAGGCUAUCCUAACUUCAAAUUCUUCAAGAUCUUUAUCAACUAUAAUUAUACAAAUUAGCAUAAACUAACCAACCCACAGUAACUCUUGAACAUUCAAGCUAGAGACACCAAACCAACUUUCACAUGCUAACCACACCUGAGCUACAUCCCUGCUGGCGUAGCGGUGCAAAAUACAUUUACACAUACAGUUGAAGUCGGACGUUUACAUACACUUAGUUUGGAGUCAUUAAAACUCAUUUUUCAACCACUCCACUAAUUUCUUGUUUUUUUUAUUUAUUUAUUUUACCUUUAUUUAACUAGGCAAGUCAGUGAAGAACACAUUCUUAUUUACAAUGACGGCCUACACCGGCCUAACCCGGACGACGCCUCAAGCACUGAGAUGCAGUGCCUUAGACCGCUGCGCCACUCGGGAGCCCAGUUUACAAACUAUACAUUUUAGUCAUUUAGCAGACGCUCUUAUCCAGAGCGACUUACAGUUAGUUAGUGCAUACAUUAUUAUUAUUAUUAUAUUUUGUUUUUUUUCAUACCCCCUGUGGGGCCAUGCUCUAUCAACUGAGCUACAUCCCUGCCGGCCAUUCCCUCCCCUACCCUGGACGACGCUGGGCCAAUUGCGCGCCGCCCCAUGGUUCUCCCGGUCACGGCCGGCUACGACAGAGCCUGCAUUCGAACCACUGCGCCACUCGGGAGACCACCUAUAGUUUUGGCAAGUCGGUUAGGACAUCUACUUUGUGCAUGACACAAGUAAUUAUUCCAACAAUUGUUUACAGACAGAUUAUUUCACUUAUAAUUUACUGUAUCACAAUUCCAGUGGGUCAGAAGUUUACAUACACUAAGUUGACUGUGCCUUUAAACAGCUUGGAAAAUCCCAGAAAAUGAUGUCAUGACUUCUGAUAGGCUAAUUGACAUAAUUUGAGUCAAUUGGAGGUGUACCUGUGGAUGUAUUUCAAGGCCUACCUUCAAACUCAGUGCCUCUUUGCUUGACAUCAUGGGAAAAUCAGCCAAGACCUCAGGAAGAAAAUUGUAGACCUCCACAAGUCUGGUUCAUCCUUUGGAGCAAUUUCCAGACGCCUGAAGGUACCACUUUCAUCUGUACAAACAAUAGUACGCAAGUAUAUAAACAGCAUGGGACCACGCAGCCUUCAUACCGCUCAGGAAGGAGAUGCGUUCUGUCUCCUAGAGAUGAACGUACUUUGGUGUGAAAAGUGCAAAUCAAUCCCAGAACAACAGCAAAGGACCUUGUGAAGAUGCUGGAGGAAACAGGUACAAAAGUAUCUAUAUCCACAGUAAAACAAGUCCUAUAUCGACAUAACCUGAAAUGCCGCUCAGCAAGGAAGAAGCCACUGCUCCAAAACCACCGUAAAAAAGCCAGACUACGGUUUGCAACUGCACAUGGGGACAAAAAUCGUACUUUUUGGAGAAAUGUCCUCUGGUCUGAUGAAACAAAAAUAGAACUGUUUGGCCAUAAUGACCAUUGUUAUGUUAGGAGGAAAAAGGGGCAGGCUUGCAAGCCGAAGAACACCAUCCCGACCGUGAAGCAGGGGGUGGCAGCAUCAUGCUGUGGGGGUGCUUUGUCUGCAGGAGGGACUGGUGCACUUCACAAAAUAGAUGGCAUCAUGAGGAAGGAAAAGUAUGUGGAUAUACUGAAGCAACAUCUCAAGACAUCAGUCAGGAAGUUAAAGCUUGGUCGCAAAUGGGUCUUCCAAAUGGACAAUGACCCCAAGCAUACUUCCAAAGUUGUGGCAAAAUGGCUUAAGGACAACAAAGUCAACAUAUUGGAGUGGCCAUCACAAAGCCCUGACCUCAGUCCUAUAGAAAAUGUGUGGGCAGAACUGAAAAAGCGUGUGCGAGCAAGGAGGCCUACAAACCUGACUCAGUUACACCAGCUCUGUCAGGAGGAAUGGGCCAAAAUUGACCCAACUUAUUGUGGGAAGCUUGUGGAAGGCUACCCGAAACAUUUGACCCAAGUUAAACAAUUUAAAGGCAAUGCUGCCAAAUACUAAUUGAGUAUGUAAACUUCUGACCCACUGGGAAUGUGAUGAAAGAAAUAAGAGCUGAAAUAAAUAAUUCUCUCUUCUAUUAUCCUGACAUUUCACAUUCUUAAAAUAAAGUGGUGAUCCUAACUGACCUAAGACAGGGAAUUUGUACUAGGAUUAAAUGUCAGGAAGUGUGAAAAACUGAGUUGAAAUGUAUUUGGCUAAGGUGUAUGUAAACUACCGACUUCAACUGUACAUGUUAUUCAAUCAUUGCACCCACACUGCUCGCGCCCGUCUGCAUAGCCAGGCGCUAAAAUAGAACUUGGUCCCGCCUCUCCCAUCUCCUCAUUGGCUUUUAGGAGCAUAUACCCACGUGGGUGAUUAAAAGAUGAACUGAGGUCCACACUCCAGUCCAGUUGGUGGUGGUAAUGCACCUUAAAGUUGGUUGCUAACCGCCAUAUAAAGUCCAAAGAUGAAGGAGGAGAGAUUACUAGAAACUAACUAGGUUUCCCCUUUUAUCUGUAGAUUAAUUGUCGGAGUAGAGGACCUUGUGCAUUUCAGGUAAAAUAACAACCCAAUGUUUAUAUAUCAGGACAAAUUAGCUAGCAACAGCAAGCUAGCUAGCUAAAUUGCUAUAAAUGUUUAAUGUUUUUUUUACCUGUCCCCAAAUUAAUAUAGUUGGUUCAGAGUUCAUUUUGAUAUUUCAACCUUUGUGUCCUGAUCUCGUCUGGUGUGGGUGGAACAAAAUCAACAUGCACGUGAAGGCGCACGCACGUGAAGUCUGGCAUGUCAGUCUAUCCUAAAUUGUAAUUCUUUCAAACUUCUAUCAACUAUAAUAAACUCAGCAAAAAAAGAAAUGUCCUCUCACUGUCAACUGCGUUUAUUUUCAGCAAACUUUAACAUGUGUAAAUAUUUGUAUGAACAUAAGACUCAACAACUGAGACAUAAACUGAACAAGUUCCACAGACAUAUGACUAACAGAAAUGGAAUAAUGUGUCCCUGAACAAAGGGGGGGGGGGGGUCAAAAUCAAAAGUAACAGGCCGUAUCUGAUGUGGCCACCAGCUGCAUUAAGUACUGCAGUGCAUCUCCUCCUCAUGGACUGCACCAGAUUUGACCGUUCUUGCUGUGAGAUGUUACCCCACUCUUCCACCAAGGCACCUGCAAGUUCCCGGACAUUUCUGGGGGGAAUGUCCCUAGCCCUCACCCUCUGAUCCAACAGGUCCCAGACGUGCUCAAAUCGAUUCAGAUCCGGGCUCUUCGCUGGUCAUGGCAGAACACUGAUAUUUCUGUCUUGCAGGAAAUCACGCACAGAACGAGCAGUAUGGCUGAUGGCAUUGUCAUGCUGGAGGCUCAUGUCAGGAUGAGCCUGCAGGAAGGGUACCACAUGAGGGAGGAGGAUGUCUUCCCUGUAACGCACAGCUUUGCAAUUGCCUGCAAUGACAACAAGCUCAGUCCGAUGAUGCUGUGACACACCGCCCCAGACCAUGACGGACACUCUACCUCCAAAUCGAUCCUGCUCCAGAGUACAGGCUUCUGUAUAACGCUCAUUCCUUUGACGAUAAACGCGAAUCCAACCAUCACCCCUGGUGAGAUAAAACCGCGACUUGUCAGUGAAGAGCACGUUUUGCCAGUCCUGUCUGGUCCAGCGACGGUGGGUUUGUGCCCAUAGGCGACAUUGUUGCCGGUGAUGUCUGGUGAGGACCUGCCUUACAACAGGCCUACAAGCCCUCAGUCCAGCCUCUCUCAGCCUAUUGCAGAAAGUCUGAGCGCUGAUGGAGGGAUUGUGCGUUCCUGGUGUAACUCUGGCAGUUGUUGUUGCCAUCCUGUACCUGUCCCGCAGGUGUGAUGUUCGGAUGUACCGAUCCUGUGCAGGUGUUCUUACACUUGGUCUGCCACUGCGAGGAUGAUCAGCUGUCCGUCCUGUCUCCCUGUAGCACUGUCUUAGGCGUCUCACAGUAUGGACAUUGCAAUUUAUUGCCCUGGCCACAUCUGCAGUCCUCAUGCCUCCUUGCAGCAUGCCUAAGGCACGUUCACGCAGAUGAGCAGGGACCCUGGGCAUCUUUCUUUUGGUGUUUUUCAGAGUCAGUAGAAAGGCCUCUUUAGUGUCCUAAGUUUUCAUAACUGUGACCUUACUUGCUGCUUCUUCUUCUUCAAUGAGGUUUAACGGCGGUUGGCAUCCAUUUUGUUGCAUUACCGCCACCUACUAGACUGGAGUACAACUCCUUAAUAUUUUGUUUGAAAAAUAAAAUAAAGAAAAACCCUACCAUCUAACACUACACUCACAAAUUCAAAAAUAUUAUUAAUAAUGAACACCACCCUUCUCCACUAUUUAAAUAUAUUCAACCUUAAUUGCCUACCAUCUGUAAGCUGUUAGUGUCUUAAUGACCGUUCCACAGGUGCAUGUUCAUGAAUUGUUUAUGGUUCAUUGAACAAGCAUGGGAAACAGUGUUUAAACCCUUUACAAUGAAGAUCUGUGAAGUUAUUUGGAUUUCUACUAAUUAUCUUUGAAAGACAGGGUCCUGAAAAAGGGACCUUACUUUUUUUGCUGAGUUUAUAUACAUUUAUAUUAAAUAACUCACCACCAGUAACUCUUGAACUAUUCAAGCUAGAGACACCAAACCAACUUUCACAUCUUCAGGCUAUCCUAUCAAUCAAUCGGUCCUUCACAAGCUAGCAUGCACACCACAUUUUUUUCAGGAAAUGUACUUUUCUAGUUUUACAAUUUGAUGUUGGAUUGUCCCUCACCCUGAAAGUAGUGUAUGGGCCAGGAGAAACAAAUCCAUGGUUCAGUUUGCUUUAAACAGCCACUACAAACUUCAGCCACCACAAGCUAACAAUAAAUGGAAGUGAUGGGGGGGGGGGGUUUGUGAGUAUGUGAGCAUGUUUUGCUUUAAAAUGGCUAAAUCACCUUUAAGUGAUUGGAAUUAAUUUGAGGUGAUUUGAACAUUAUUUUUUGUAAACAUGCUCACAUGCCCAAAUCACUUCCAUAGAUGUUUAGCUUAUGGUGGCUAAGGUUAGCUGAAGUUUGUAGUGGAUGUUUAUAGAAAACUGAACCUUGGAUUAUAGUUUCUCUUGGCCCAUAGACUACUUUCAGGAUGAGGAACCAUCUAACAUCAAGUUGUAAAAUAGUGAACUACUCCUUUAACUCGUUGUGCUUUCAGUGGUUGACAGGCUAGCCAGCUACUUGGAUUGUUUAAGAAGCUAAAGUUACAUUGAUUGUUUAGGGGAAGUAUCUAAAUAACCGGCUGUAGUUUGCCUCUCCCACGAGUUAAUGGUGUUUAAAACCAUGUCAUCUGUCUUUGAUGGUGUUUAAAACCAUGUCAUCUGUCUUUGAUGGUGUUUAAAACCAUGUCAUCUGUCUUUGAUGGUGUUUAAAACCAUGUAAUCUGUCUUUGAUGGUGUUUAAAACCAUGUCAUCUGUCUUUGAUGGUGUUUAAAACCAUGUCAUCUGUCUUUGAUGGUGUUUAAAACCAUGUCAUCUGUCUUUGAUGGUGUUUAAAACCAUGUCAUCUGUCUUUGAUGGUGUUUAAAACCAUGUCAUCUGUCUUUGAUGGAUGUUGAACUGUUGCUCACAUUGUGCCACAUGUCUCUUGCAGAUCGAAGGGGACUCCUUUAUUCUUCACAGAGGUGAGGUAGCUAUGGUUUCCAUUCAAGUUCUCCAUUUGGGUUUACACUAAACAAUUUCUCUCAGCCAUCUUAUUUCAGAAUAACACACACGCUGGGCUGUGCCUCAAAUGUCUAAACACUACUUUGGUGUUGUGUUGCAGGGACCAUCAUUUUUUUACCAUGAUCUGGUGACUAUUGAUCUCAAUAUGGAGUUGUACUGGUACAUGUAAGUAACUUUUAAUUCUAGUUCUCUUCCAUUCACUUUCAAACACUUGAUUCGAUGUGGUUUUGAACAACAUGGAGUUCAACGUUCUUUGAUACUGUACAUCUCUCUCUUUCAGAGUGGUCAUCAUAUUCAUCGUCAUCAAGAUCUUCUUCUAUGUGUGCUGGUACCGCUCGCGUCAGAGACAGCUGGCCGCGUACCUCAACAACCCUCGUAAUUCCCAGAUAGUUAUCGUGGGAGGGAGGGCCUACGUGCAUCAGAUGUAUGAGAGACAGAACGUAAGUAGCAAAGCGUUGCAGGAGUCCCUCUGUUAUUGACAGGCCACAAAACACAGGCUGAGCUGAUAUACACAUAAUUGUAUAUGAAUUGGCAAUCAAUUUUAGUUUUUGUAGGGAGAGGGCAUCCUGUCUGAGGCAUGGCUCUCAUCCUGUCUGAGGCGUGGCUCUCAUCCUGUCUGAGGCGUGGCUCUCAUCCUGUCUGAGGCGUGGCUCUCAUCCUGUCUGAGGCGUGGCUCUCAUCCUGUCUGAGGCGUGGCGAUCAUCCUGUCUGAGGCAUGGCGCUCAUCCUGUCUGAGGCAUGGCACUCAUCCUGUCUGAGGCGUGGCUCUCAUCCUGUCUGAGGCGUGGCUCUCAUCCUGUCUGAGGCGUGGCACUCAUCCUGUCUGAGGCGUGGCGCUAAUCCUGUCUGAGGCGUGGCGCUAAUCCUGUCUGAGGCAUGGCGCUCAUCCUGUCUGAGGCAUGGCGCUCAUCCUGUCCAGGGCCUACAUUUAACAACCGCCACCUGCCAAAUGUGGGUACAUUUUGGCAUUGGCAGGUAAGAUGUCUAUUUCACCAGCCUCGUUGGCGGGUGGCAAGGGCUCCUCAGUGGGAGCAUUUCACUCGCAUUUGUGAAUGAAAAUAAUCAAGUAUGAUCACGUUUAUAGUAAAAUAAAUGCUGCAGUAGCUGUUUUCAAAGUACUUCUGCCGUUUUGUUUCAUAACUGGUAAAUCAAUCACACAAAGUCAGGUAGCUUAGUGGUUAAGAGCGUGGCGUGGUCGCUGGUUCUAAUCCCCGAGCCGACUAGGUGAAAAAUCUGUCUGUGCCCUUGAGCAAGGCACUUAACCCUAAUUGCUCCUGUAAGUCGCUCUGGAUAAGAGCGUCUGCUAAAUGACUAAAAUGUAAAUGUAAACUACAAAUCCUAUAUAGCCUAUUCCACCUCGCUCUGCAAUACUGCCUGGCUGGGGGCUGUACGCACGUGAAGAGCUGAGUGAAAUAUUCAUUUUUAGAAGUGCUGCGCACAGACAUAAAAGUUGGUCUAAUUUACUUGAAACGAAAGUCUUCUGAAGUGAGACUUUGUCCUUGUGUUUCUUGGCUAUUGACAUUGUUUUGUUCACAAGCUAGGUUGUUUUUCUAUGUUUGAGUUUCAACUGCUAGAGAAGAGAGGACCACGCUUCUACUAGUCAGACUCAAUCUCACAGGCACAAACAUGACUCCAGUCACGCUACCACGGUAACUUCCCGCCCUUAAAGGGGCAGGUGAACAUUUUUGUCUCAUCUGUGAUAUUUUGGUUAAAAGACUUCAGGUCACAAUUUUUUUUUUUUUUUACUAUUCCACAUUAGUUACUUCUUACUAGUAAUACAUGUAUUGUUUUAGAAACAUUACAUAGCGUGUUGGUGUAAUUUUUGCAGCAAGUAUUUGGGCUGGUAAAAAAUCUGAGUGGCUGGUAGAUUGUUUUAAUCUACCUGCCACAGUGGCUGGUGGACCACAAUACCCCAUAUAGACUCUGGUUCCAGUCAUUCACAGGGAAGCAUAUCAUAGAUUGGGGAGUAAACAGGAAGAGGUCAGGAGGGUUGCUAAAGUUUGCCUGUUCAGAGGUGUGUGUCAGUGUGUGGGGGCGAGCUGUUUGCUUUCCUGACUGCUUGGUGGUUUUAGAUGAGUCACUUUCACUGUGAAUGACUGACUGAGAAUGGGAUGCUUUCUCACCGUGUGUCAAUUACUCAACUUCCAAGCAGUCCUGUGGUGUUUAACAGCAGACUGACACUUUGUUUAGUAGGCGUGGUGUGUGUACAAACCGCACGUACGUGUUUGUGUGUCUGUAUAUAUGAUAGUGCUGAGUGAUUUAGUGCUUUUUGAGAGUUCGGUAAAAAAAAUAUAUAUAUAUUAACGGUGUAAAAUGUAGGUUUCGAUUAUUAUUUUUUUACAAUAAAUUGCAUGAUGUGGGUUGAAUGCUAUAACAACACAUAAUAAAAUAGUUGGAGAUGGUUGCUGUACAUUACUGCUUAUCACUUAUUAGGCUCUAGCUAUCAUUUACUCAUAUUACUUUACUUAAAUACAAUAUUUGGGUUGUGUAUAUUACACAUUUAGUUUUUUUAGUAUGAAGAUGACUUCAUUAUUUCAUUAAUAAAACCCUAGUGGUGGUAGUGACUGCCCAUUACUGCAUAUCACUUAUUAAUAAACCAUCCUUUAUUCACAUUUUACUUUAAUGAAAUAUUGCAGUUGAUCAUCAUCAUCGUCAUCAUCUCUGCUCAGGAAGUAGCAGCCAGCCAUACAUCUCUGGGGUCUCUAAAGAGGAAUCAUAGUUAUGCUAGUAGCCUAGCUCUCAGAUGAGAUCACUAUUUCAAUAGUGAAAGUAAAUAAGGAAUACUCUUAAGACCGCUGAGUAACAACUGUCAAUUCAAAAUCCAGUCUGUCCCUCCUUUCCAGUCCUCGUCACUAGUUACCACAGCCACAAAGUCAUACACCCUGCCAAUUUCCACAAUUCAUCUUCUUAAAAUGUGAUUUUAAAGCUAACCUUAACCACACUGCUAACCUUAUGCCUAACCUUAUAUUAAGACCAAAAAGCUUCUUUUUUUUCAUGAAUUCUUACCAUAUAGCCAAUUUGGACUUUUUGGCUGUGCUGUCUAGUAGAAACCCUUCCUGUCCUUGUCUGCCGGCCCCACAGGCUUGCCUGGGCAAGAACCAGACAGCUAUAGGCACAAUGGAUUGUUGUCAUUAUAGUUAAUUACCACGUUCUCCACACUUAACUAUGGUGAAAACUACACCUUCUUACAACAUCCCAUAGUUCAUGCUUGAUUUGAUUAGCCUCUAGAGAAACGUUGGGAUCAGAAAAAAAAACACACAAACUAAAUGGAAUUCAAAUAAUUUAACUGUCGGUCAAUUAGUUAUUUAAAAACCGAAAAUAAACUGAAGUUUCGGCUAAUCGCUCAGCACUAGUAUAUGCUUAGCAUUUCGCUACACCCGCAAUAACAUCUGCUAAAUAUGUGUAUGUGACCAAUACAAUUAGAUUUGAUUUGCUUAUGUACGUGGGUCUCAGAACCUUUGUGAAGCAGUGUAAGGGGCUACAGUGAAUGUGUGAGAGCCAGUGUUAGAGGUGGUGUUUCUACCGGUCACUGUCCAGCACUUGUCAAAUCUAAACCAAGCCUGUGAAAGUCUUUGAGCCAAUAGGAACAGCUAAAAUGGACAGGGAAAGAGAAGAGCUCCAGAGGAGUGGCAAGCCAGAAUAGGUCCCCUGAUCUCAAAUAUUCAGAAAUCUGCCUAUUGAAUCAAACCAAAUUGUCAAAUAUAUUUUAUUGGUCACAUACACAUAUUUAGCAGAUGUUAUUGUGGGUUUAGCGAAAUGCUUGUGUUCCAUUUAGAUGCAAUGCUAUCUGUUUAGAUAUGUAAACAAUUUAGUGGUAAGAAAACAUUCCAAUCUUUCAUGGAACCUUUGAGAAGAGGACCACCCCCUGUACAUUUUAGUCAUUUAGCAGACGCUCUUAUCCAGAGCGACUUACAUGAGCAAUUAGGGUUAAGUGCCUUGCUCAAGGGCACAUCGACAGAUUUUUCACCUAGUCGGCUCGGGGGAUUAGAACCAGCGACUUUUCGGUUACUGGCACAACGCUCUUAGCCACUAAGCUACCUGCCGCCCCAUUUUGUUUCCUGGAGUUUUCAAAGUGACAUUCAUGCAACUUUCCUCUCUGCAUCCCUUUGUUGUACUGGCCAGGGACUCCUCCCAAAACGCCAAGUGUUACCUUGUGUUGUAUAUGGACUAAUAUCUCCAGAACCACUGGCCUGUGACUGUGAUAACUGACGCUUUGAUUUUUUCAUAGACAAGUCUGGGAGAAGACUUCAAUACCCAGAUUACAUUAUACAAACUCUGACAUCAGUCCUCCUUCCAGUAAGCUCUGCCGUUGUGUUCUACAGCUUCUUCCUAGAACACCUGGAAGCAAUCUCCAUGAAUCAGAACCCUGGCUCCCAACAUUCUGAGGGAACACAUUCAACAUCUCUCUCCAACUUGACUCUACUGUCCCUUCUUUUUAAUAGUGCUCAAAACACUUCCAUACUACUUUUUCUUAGUCAUUUAGCAGACGCUCUUAUCCAGAGCGACUUACAGUUAGUGAUUACAUAUUUUUUUUUAUACUGGCCUAGGUCAUAUCCUUCUGAUUGACUGGAUAGAGAGAGCAGUGUUAUGCUAAGCAAUAGUGCUUGAAGGACUGUAAAAUGCUAUGUUACAGUUUAUGUCCGGGCCCAAAGUCGUUAGGCUACUUUCAGAGUGAAUGAUCUUCUAACUAGGUCAACGUGCACACCAUAACAAUGAUGCUUUAUUACUGACCCUGCCCCGCCAUUUACUGAAUUACUAUAGGUGCCACUUGUUUUCUAGAUGGGGUUUUUAGGCUAUUUAUAGCGUUGUUAGGACUAGCUUUCUCAUAGCGGAAAUGCCUUCAUUGUAAGAAUGAGGCCUGUAGUGGUUAAGGGGAGAUUCCAGCCUCUAGCUAGCUCUUCUAGGAAGCUGUCCCCAGUAAUGACCUUACUGGGUCUGAUUUUAGAAUGCAUCUGAUUUAGAAUGCAUCUGAUUUAGAAUGCAUCUGAUUUAGAAUACAUCUGAUUUAGAAUGCAUCUGAUUUAGAAUGUCAUCUGAUUUAGAAUGUCAUCUGCUUUAGAAUGUCAUCUGAUUUUGAACAUGUUGGAGACCAUGCACACACAAGCCACUUCUGGUUUGGAUUCUGUUACUGUGUUUGGACCUGUAAUGAAACGGCUCUACUAGGAAACCCAAGUUCAAGUCAUUGUAGAGGAGGAAAAACCCCCCGAAGUUCUGUUAGGCUGGAAUUAGAAUGUAGUUGUGUGCUGUGGACAGAACAGAACCCAGGUACAACUGAGUGUUGUGAGCCUGUGAUUCCACACGGUCCUUCUCUGCCACACCCCAGUUAGCUAGCUUUCAUGACCUGUUGCACUCCACUCCGAGCCUUUACUGCCUCAGUGCUUUAGUACAACCCCUCUCUGGCUCACCUCCCCCUUCUUCUCUUCUUCCUCUAAUCUCCCUUCAGUCUUCUAAACCAUGAUGCUCCCUGUUUAGAUUUGAAUGGAAUGUGCAGCGAGGAGGCCCCAGAGCCAUCCUUAACUCCAGCAGGCAGGCAGCAGCCCCACUGAAAGGGCUCUGGAGAGAGACCAGCGGGAGACCAGAGACAGAGGUUGUGUCUCAAACAGUACCCUAUUCCUUUAAUAGGACACUGCUUUAGACCAGGGCCCGUGUAGUCCCCCUGUAGCUCAGUUGGUAGAGCAUGGCGUGUGCAACGCCAGGGUUGUGGGUUCGUUUCCCACGGUGGGCCAGUAUGAAAAAUGUAUGCACUCACUUAACUGUAAGUCGCUCUGGAUAAGAGCGUCUGCUAAAUGACUAAAAUGUAAAAUGUAAUGUCCACUAAGUAGGGAAUAUGGAGCCAUUUGGGACACAGUUAGAGAGGGAGGGAGGGAGAGAGAUGCAGGGUGCAGAUUCUGUCUUUUGCAUACUAGUGAGCUUUAGUUUCUGUUUGUUUUCAUCGUCACGUUCCGGUUGACCUCGAAAGUGUGUGUGCAGUGCGCAGUGCGCCUGUGUGUAUAUGUGGUAAUAAUUCCUGUUCUCGCUCUCUGUCUCCCCCCCAGACGUCUAUCUGGCCCAGUUGGUAUGGGGUUCAGGAUGAGGGAUCAGUGGGCGAGCCUUCCGCCUCCCUCCCCACGGCAGCAUCCUUCUCUCACCUGGACAUGCCUCCACCAUACGAAGCUGUCUCCGGAGGUAAACACACACACACACACACACACACACACACAGGAUAUGGUUAGGUGAAAAGAUGGCGCUGCAGGAAAUUGAUCGUAGAAACACCACUGAAGGUCAUACAUGUCUUAUCUGAAGGGGCUGCACCUAGAGAGAGUUGAUUGCCUUUAACUAAUGAAUGUGCAUAAAUACUACUACUUCAUAAGGCUGUCUUCAGCCUGUAGGAUUUGGUAGGAGGUCUUUACGACUAGCCUACAUUCAACUGUAAUUCAACUCUAUGCCUAAUUCAGCUAUCCUGAUUCUGGGGACUUUUGCAACAGAAAACAUUAAAAAAUUAGAACAACUUUAUUUUUGGACAAGUUUAGGUAGUCCCUCCCAUUUUCUGUCUGUUUGGUUCCUAGUGAACACGACCCAGGAGAGAAAAGGUCCACAUCUCCCAGGAUAAUAGCCCUCCUUGGCUGGCUCUGUGGUACCACAUCUCCCAGGAUACAGUGCCUUGCAAAAAUAUUCAUCCCCCUUGGCGUUUUUCCUAUUUUGUUGCAUUACAACCUGUAAUUUAUUUUUAUUUGGAUUUCAUAUAAUGGACAUACACAGAAGUCACAUAAUUAGUUCAAGUCCACCUGUGUGCAAAGUGUCACAUGAUCUCAGUAUAUAAACACCUGUUCUGAAAGGCCCCAGAGUCUGCAACACCACUAAGCAAGGGGCACCACCAAGCAAGCGGCACCAUGAAGACCAGGGAGCUCUCCAAACAGGUCAGGGACAAAGUUGUGGAGAAGUACAGAUCAGGGUUGGGUUAUAAAAAAAUAUCCUAAAGUUUGAACAUCCCUACUGAGCACCAUUUUAAAUCCAUUAUUAAAAAAUGGAAAGAAUAUUGCACCACAACAAACCUGCCAAGAGAGGGCCGCCCACCAAAACUCAUGGACCAAGCAAGAAGGGCAUUAAUCAGAGAGGCAACAAAGAGGCCAAAGAUAACCCUGAAGGAGCUGCAAAGUUCCACAGUGGAGUUGGAGUAUCUGUCCAUAGGACCACUUUAAGCCGUACACUCCACAGAGCUGGGCUUUACGGAAGAGUGGCCAGAAAAGUUCGCCAAAAGGCAUGUGGGAGACUCUCCAAACAUAUGGAAGAAGGUACUCUGGUCAGAUGAGACUAAAAUUGAGCUUUUUUGGCCAUCAAGGAAAACGCUAUGUCUGGUGCAAACCCAACACCUCUCAUCACCACAGUGAAGCAUGGUGGUGGCAGCAUCAUGCUGUGGGGAUCUUUUUCAUCGGCAGGGACUGGGAAACUGGUCAGAAUUGAAGGAAUGAUGGAUGGCGCUAAAUAAAGGGAAAUUCUUGAGGGAAAGCUGUUUCAGUCUUCCAGAGAUUUGAGACUGGGAUGGAGGUUCACCUUCCAGCAGGACAAUGACCCUAAGCAUACUGCUAAAGCAACACUCGAGUGGUUUAAGGGGAAACAUUUAAAUGUCUUGGAAUGGCCUAGUCAAGGCCCAGACCUCAAUCCAAUUGUGAAUAUGUGGUAUGACUUAAAGAUUGCUGUACACCAGCGGAACCCAUCCAACUUGAAGGAGCUGGAGCACUUUUUUCCUUGAAGAAUGGGCAAAAAUCCCAGUGGCUAGAUGUGCCAAGCUUAUAGAGACAUACCCCAAGAGACUUGCAGCUGUAAUUGCUGCAAAAGGUGGCUCUACAAAGUAUUGACUUUGGAGGGGCGAAUAGUUAUGCACGCUCAAGUUUUAUGUUUUUUUGUCUUAUUUCUUGUUUGUUUCACACACAAUUUUUUUUUUUGCAUCUUCAAAGUGGUAGGCAUGUUGUGUAAAUCAAAUGAUAUGAACCCCCCCUAAAAUAUAUUUUAAUUCCAGGUUGUAAGGCAACAAAACAGGAUAAAUGCCAAGGGGGAUGAAUACUUUCACAAACCACUGUAAUAGCCCUGCUUGGCUGGCUCUGUGGUACCACAUCUCCCAGGAUAAUAGCCCUGCUGGGCUGGCUCUGUGGUACCACAUCUCCCAGGAUAAUAGCCCUGCUUGGCUGGCUCUGUGGUACCACAUCUCCCAGGAUAAUAGCCCUGCUUGGCUGGCUCUGUGGUACCACAUCUCCCAGGAUAAUAGCCCUGCUUGGCUGGCUCUGUGGUACCACAUCUCCCAGGAUAAUAGCCCUGCUUGGCUGGCUCUGUGGUACCACAUCUCCCAGGAUAAUAGCCCUGCUUGGCUGGCUCUGUGGUACCACAUCUCCCAGGAUAAUAGCCCUGCUUGGCUGGCUCUGUGGUACCACAUCUCCCAGGAUAAUAGCCCUGCUUGGCUGGCUCUGUGGUACCACUGGCAACAGGCUUGUUUUAACCCGUCACAACCACACUGCUGCCAAAGGGGGCAUAUUCUACCGCUGUUGAAAAGAGUGAUUACGCACAUCGACUUAACACGAGCUGGGUACAAAAAUAUGACUCAUUGGUUGCUCUUCUCAGAAGGGCUCUUUAGUGAUGACACCAUUAUUUAGGUCAGUAUGGUCUGUGUCAGUUUAAAAUGUUUUCACAACUAAACUGAUGCUACCUGUCCCAGUCCCAUGUGAUUCCACUAGUGGAUCCUGACCACAUUUUAUUGAGACACUACACUAUAGGAACAAAAAGGAAGUCACAAAAUGGUACUGUAGUAGCUAGCCCUAUUUAAAAUGGACGAGGACUUCCCUGCUUGGCUUCACUGUGACUUAGAUCUUUAGUGCUUAGAUCACCUGCCAACACCUUACCCUCAGUGACUGUGUGUGUCUGCUGUAUCAAAGACAGCCUCACCCCCGCAGAUCUCUUCAUGAUCACACAUGAUCACAGAGCCGCCUCCUCCACUCACACAUGAUCACAGAGCCGCCUCCUCCACUCACACAUGAUCACAGAGCCGCCUCCUCCACUCACACAUGAUCACAGAGCCGCCUCCUCCACUCACACAUGAUCACAGAGCCGCCUCCUCCACUCACACAUGAUCACAGAGCUGCCUCCUCCACUCACACAUGAUCACAGAGCCGCCUCCUCCACUCACACAUGAUCACAGAGCCGCCUCCUCCACUCACACAUGAUCACAGAGCCGCCUCCUCCACUCACACAUGAUCACAAAGCCGCCACCUCCACUCACACAUGAUCACAGAGCCGCUGCCUCCACUCACAUUGGCGAAAUUUGAUUGCACCAGCCCAUACGUCCAUCACCAAUGAAUACACUAUAAAAACACAAGGACACACAGACACUGAAAGCAGCACAUCAUCAAUGAAUGUAUGAAGACGUUUCUUUAUGUUCAUUGAUGUGCUGCUUUUGGUGUCUGUCUCCUUGUUGUUUUCAGAGUGUUUAUUGGUGAUCGAUGUAUGGGCUGGUGCAAUCAAAUUUCCCCCUUUAGGCUUGGGGGAGGGGAAGCUGAUCCUAGAUCUGUACUUCGUUCCUGAGAACUAGAACGCCGGCCUACAAGCCAGUGGCAGGAGGAAGCACUAGCUAAAGCAAUGGGCAGGAGGAAGCACUAGCUAAAGCAAUGGGCAGGAGGAAGGUUGAAUAAGACAGGUACAUUUGACAAUGUGUUUAUAAAGAAAGGGACCAGGACGGACUGUGGGUUUAAAACUUUUUUUUCUCGUUACACUAUCUGGUAUUAUUUAUCAUUUAUGUUGUGCUGUUUACACUGUUUUAAAUUGUCAGACAUUUUAUUAAUAAUAACCCUCCUUUUUCCUUGAUUUCCUUAUUGUUGUUAUUACUAUUAUUAUGAUCAUUGUAUAAACACCAUCGAGCUGUAGGCCUAAGAGCGCAUCCUGUUUAGUCUUAAUACCGUAACUUACUUAUGCCUAUAUUUCAAUACUUAUAUAGGCUAUCAACCAUUUGGAGAUGUGAAAUGCAAUCAAGCGUUUUAGUUUUAAAAUAAAAUAAUAAAGCGACCAUUGAACAAUUAGCGUAAAACAAUAAAUAGGCCUAACCCGUUCCAUUUCGGAAAUUGCGUUAACGAAUGAAUGCGACUGUUUUUAGUAUUUGGCUUUACCAUUAAAAAAAUAAAAAAGUUAUAUGUACAACAGACUCUGGUGCACUUAUUUAUUUAGUGUUUACAUUGUUCCAAACAAUGAUAUUGUAAUCUAAUUGUAAUCUGUUUGCACCAUACCUUAUUUUUCUUAAUCUCCAGUAUUUUCCACAGCUAGUCAAAUGAAUUCCACACAUCUGACUUCCCCUUUACCUCCUGCGCAACCAGUAAACAUUCCCCUUUACCUCCUGCGCAACCAGUAAACAUUCCCCUUUACCUCCUGCGCAACCAGUAAACAUUCCCCUUUACCUCCUGUGCAACCAGUAAACAUUCCCCUUUACCUCCUGAGCAACCAGUAAACAUUCCCCUUUACCUCCUGCGCAACCAGUAAACAUUCCCCCGUUUCGAGUUUUAUUUGUCACGUCCUCUGUGUCCAUUUUGCUGUCACGUGUUACGGUGUUCAGAGUUCGUUUAAACCAAUUUAUUGAUGUGAUUGUGAUAUGCUAUAGGUCAGGCCCCAUUGGGCACGUGCAUGCAAAGCAGACAUGUUUCAUGUAAAGAGAGCAAGGGGAUAGGGAAUGUUUUUAGAAAUUAAUUAGCAAAUGAGGGAUUUCGGUAUCAGCUUUUCAGUAAGAAAAUGGCUGUAAUUAUGUUAAUGUUAAUUAUUAGCUUCAGCAACACGGACAGCACUGUACACACUGAUGUUCUGUGGUAGUCAAUGCAGCAGGGAGGAGAGGGAGACAACUGGUGCUAGUCACACAUUCACUCGCUGUAUUUUUGUUUUUAAUUCUGAGCCCGGCCCGGCACAAUCAAAUCAAUUGCGGUCAGACUCCCUCUAGUCAUUUGUGUCUUUUUUAAUUAUUUCAUCAAACAGUUUGCUUAAAGCAUCAGACAAUCUCAGUGCAUAUAGUUGAUUUUGAUUCAAACACAUAGGAUGUGUCUAUGUGGGGAAAAAAUACACGUUUUAACAUUUCAACCAAUCGAUUGGUCGGGAAAAAAAAUGUUUGUACUACUUGCCUGGUUUGGAAUAUUUGUGUUCUGUACAGGCUUCCUUUUCACUCUGUCAAUUAUGUUAGUAUUUUGGAGUAACUACAAUGUUGAUCCAUCCUCAGUUAUCUCCUAUCACAGCCAUUCAACUCUGUAACUGUUUUAAAGUCACCAUUGUCCUCAUGGUAAAUUCCCUGAGCGGUUUCCUUCCUCUCCGGCAACUGACGUAGGAAGGACACCUGUAUCUUUGUAGUGACUUGGUGUAUUGCUACACCAUCCACAUUGUAAUUAAUAACUUCAUGCUCAAAGGGAUUUCUUUGUUUUUAUAUCCAUCUACUAAUAGGUGCCCUUCUUUGCGAGGCAUUGGAAAACAUCCCUUGUCUUUGUAGUUUAAUCUGUGUUUGAAAUUCCCUGCUUGUCUGAGUGAUCUUACAGAUAAUUGUAUAUGUGGGGUACAGAGAUGAGGUAGUCAUUCAAAAAAUCAUGUUAAACACUAUUAUUGCACACAGUGAGUCCAUGCCACUUAUGUGACUUGUUAAGCAACUUUUCACUCCUGAAUUUAUUUAGGCUUGCCAUAACAAAGGGUUUGAAUAUGUAUUGACUAAUAUGUAAACAUUUCGGAAAACAUAAUUACACUUUGACAUUAUGGGGUAUUGUGUGUAGGUACAGUUGAAGUCGGAGGUUUACAUACACCUUAGCCAAAUACAUUUAAACUCAGUUUCACACUUCCUGACAUUUAAUCCUAGUACAAAUUCCCUGUCUUAGGUCAGUUAGGAUCACCACUUUAUUUUAAGAAUGUGAAAUGUCAGAAUAAUAUUAGAGUGAUUUAUUUCAGCUUUUAUUUAUUUAAUCACAUUCCCAGUGGGUCAGAAGUUUACAUACACUCAAUUAGUAUUUGGUAGCAUUGCCUUUAAAUUGUUUAACUUGGGUCAAACGUGUCGGGUAGCCUUCCACAAGCUUCCCACAGUAAGUUGGGUGAAUUUUGGCCCAUUCCUCCUGACAGAGCUGGUGUAACUGAGUCAGGUUUGUAGGCCUCCUUGCUCGCACACGCUUUUUCAGUUCUGCCCACACAUUUUCUAUAGGACUGAGGUCAGGGCUUUGUGAUGGCCACUCCAUUACCUUGACUUUGUUGUCCUUAAGCCAUUUUGCCACAACUUUGGAAGUAUGCUUGGGGUCAUUGUCCAUGUGGAAGACCCAUUCGCGACAAAGCUUUAACUUCCAGACUGAUGUCUUGAGAUGUUGCUUCAAUAUAUCCACAUAAUUUUACUUCCUCAUGAUGCCAUCUAUUUUGUGAAGUGCACCAGUCCAUCCUGCAGCAAAGCACCCCCACAGCAUUAUGCUGCCACCCCGUUCUUCACGGUUGGGAUGGUGUUCUUCGGCUUGCAAGCCUUCCCCUUUUUCCUCAAAACAUACAGACCAGAGGACAUUUCUCCAAAAAGUAUGAUCUUUGUCCCCAUGUGCAGUUGCAAACCGUAGUCUGGCUUUUUUAUGGUGGUUUUGGAGCAGUGGCUUCUUCCUUGCUGAGUGUUCUUUCAGGUUAUGUCGUAUAGGACUCGUUUUACUGUGGAUAUAGAUAGUUUUGUACCUGUUUCGUCCAGCAUCUUCACAAGGUCCUUUGCUGUUGUUCUGGGAUUGAUUUGCACUUUUCCCACCAAAGUACAUUCAUCUCUAGGAGACAGAAUGCGUCUCCUUCCUGAGCGGUAUGACGGCUGCGUGGUCCCAUGGUGUGUAUACUUGCGUACUAUUGUUUGUACAGAUGGACGUGGUACCUUCAGGCGUUUGGAAAUUUCUCCCAAGGAUGAACCAGACUUUUCUUUAGAUUUUCCCAUGAUAUCAAGCAAAGAGACACUGAGUUUGAAACACAUCCACAGGUACACCUCCAAUUGACUCAAAUGAUGUCAAUUAGCCUAUCAGAAGCUUCUAAAGCAAUUACAUCAUUUUUUGGAAUUUUCCAAGCUGUUUAAAGGCACAGUCAACUUAGUGUAUGUAAACUUCUGACCAACUGGAAUUGUGAUACAGUGAAUUAUAAGUGAUAUAAUCUGUCUGUAAACAAUUGUUGGAAAAAUUAUGUCCUAACCGACUUGCCAAAACUAUAGUUUGUUAACAAGAAAUCUGUGGAGUGGUUGAAAAACUAGUUUUUAUGACUCCAACCUAAAUGUAUGUAAACUUCCGACUUCAACUGUAGAUCGGUGACACAAAUAUAUCUCAAUUUAAUCUAUUAAAUUCAGGCUAUAACACAACAAAAUGUAGAAAAAGUCAAGGGGUUUGAAUACUUUCUGAAGGCACUGUACUGUGCAGCCUACCAAGGCAACAUUAUUUAGUUGCUUUCCCUGUUGACUGCACUCAAAGAUUUUCACUUCACUUCCUGUAUUUCUGCUUGCUGACCUCUGACCUCUGACCCCACAGCUGAUGACCUGAAGCCUCCUCCGUACAGUGAGGUUGCCCAGAGCGACGACUUCGACGCAUCUCGCCACGCCUCUCUCCCCCUUCUCCCUCCCCCUCUAUUUGAGGGCGAGGACUCUGCCAGCAUCAUAAGCGAGGCCCCGCCUCCAUACACACCCAGCCCCAAUCGGCAGGAGGGUCCCGUCAACCCCAGCCAAUCACAUUCAGAGGACCGACCCAGCUAGACCCAUCACAAAUCCUGCUGCCGACCGACUCUUUACCCGCCUUUCCAAGUGAUGCCCUCCUCCCUGCCAUCUAACCUCAGCGAUCUCUGCCAGCUAUGCUCUCACUAAACCAAGAGGGCAGACUUUGUUUUUGUUUUCUAGGUUUUAAAAAGGUUGUUUUCUAUUUUCUACUGUCUGAAAGGGAUUUUAUUGUGGUCAUUGAUAUGAUAAUUAAUAAAAUAUAAUGUGGUGGAGUUGAUGGGAGUUUGACUCUGCUGGACUGCUGCGCCUCUGGAACACCCCACUGCCUCAUGGGAAGGAAAGAUGUACACAGCAGCCAGCAGCAGAGAGGAGAAAUAAUGCAACAAUGUCCUUCAGUCCAGUGCUGUGUCGUCCAGUGCUGUGUCCUCCAGUCCAGUGCUGUGUCCUCCAGUCCAGUGCUCCCCAUCAGAGGUGUAUACUGAACACCCUUUCAGAAACUGAUUUAAAAGACUGUUCUACGGAUCUUUAUAACGUCCAACAGCAUUUUCCUUGGAGAUUUAGAGAAGGAUGUCGAUUAAUUUCCAAGAAAUCUACUGAAAAGAAUGUUGGAAAUAAUGUAGUUGAUCAUAAUGGUUAUUCUACAAUCAUCACAAUAAUGAGUAACAUCUUCAGUCCAUCGUAGCUUCACGCUCUCGUCACUUGUCAGUGGCUUGGUUAGAACUUAACCACGUGUAUAAUUAUGUCAUUUUCUGUUAUUGUCUCACCCCGUGGGCCAGGAGUUUUUCCCAACCAAAAGCUCUGGACCUAAAGCCUAUAACUAGGGUCCAGAGGUUUUGCUUGUCAGGUCAUGUUACUCCAGAGAAACUCUAAGCCCUAGUCGUCUCCAUUCACUGGAUAUGGGAGAUGUCAUGCGAUUGCUACAGUCUCGUUGCAUUUACCAUAACCCCAUUGGAACGUGUAGACUAUAGUUUUGUCCCAAUCACAUCGCCUUCCUCCCUAUAACUGCAUUUUGUUCUCUUCAUUGGUUUGAAAGGAAAUGACUAGUAUAAGUUGGUGGAAACUCUCUCUAGCACAUGCCCUCCACCAGUCCAAUGCUUUUAGCUAUAUGGGAGGUAGGGAAAGAAUGCAUGAUUCAGGGGAAAUAAGAUAUUGUGACACCCUAAGUAUCCCAACUAUCUGGUUCCUUCCUUCCCACGGCUGUUAAUGGAUGAGCUAAGGGGCUUUAUGAUGACCACUCUGCAGAGGUCUCUGGUGUGUACACAAACAAUAAUGGUGUAGAAUGUGUGGUAAAAAGUACUAUGGGAAAGUAAACUAAUGAGACCCGUUUUGAAACAUGUCUAUAAGCAUAGAAUAGAAAGGUUGCCGAUGGCUUUAGAUGUUAUUGUUACAUGAUUGUCCUCCAUUUUGUGAUAACGACUCUGUGUGUCCGUCCCAGAUUCGUAACCUCGCCUCAUUGGCCUUACUCUAUACAGUUAUUAGUAUUGAGUUACUUCAUUCAACAUCUCUGCACAUGGUUGGAACCAAAUAAAGACCAACACCUUGAUUUACACACUUCAUAAUAUAGCAGGUUUCUGGCCGAUUAACGAGCUAGGUUAUUUGAAAAUGUUUCAUUGUGAUGUUCAUCCCUGUGGUUUAAGUGCUAGACAUGUCAAACCAUCCCAAACAAGUAGCCUUAUGCAUUAUGGGGUUUGAUUCUGCAUUUCAGAGACUUGAUUUUAUUGUUGGGAAUUUUGGGGAUUAAUUAAUUGUACAUUAAACAUAUGUUCAUGUCUCGUUUCUGGUGUGUCUGUCUUUUCACAGGUCAAAUGUAAUUGUCACAUUGAGUACGUUGUUCUACAAAUAAAGUUGCAGUUCUAAAGGAUUCA